AUGGCGGCUUCAUCGGUCAUCUGCUUUUGCCCGAGGGAGAGCAUAACCAGUUUCGGAAACUGCUCCUUUCACAUCCAAUGCACAAGUUACGUAGACGACGUGAGGCUUCCACCACGAUGCCAGGGUUCAACCAACUACCCAGUCCACAUCGACCUCAUCCUCAAUAACGCUACCGAUAGCUUUGAUAAUAGUGAUAACAACACCGAACAACUUCUUGCCAGCGUAAUUUCAUUCAGAGCGCACGGCAUCUGGCCUCAAACUAAUUUAUCUAUGCUCGAAUAUAUGCCCAGCCUUCGCUUUUUAUAUUUAAACGAAAAUCAAAUUGGAGUUAUCACUGGUAGACCGUUUUCGCAUUUAUUUCGCUUAGAACAUAUAGACUUAUCACAUAACAACUUAAGCAAUAUAGCACAAAUAUUUCAACUCGAAAAGUAUCUCAAUAGAAUGAGAACUAUAUUAUUAGCAUAUAACGUUAUUGAUGAAAUUCCAAAUAAUGCUUUUAAAGGACUGUCAUCACUCGAAGAAUUAGAUUUAUCUUAUAACCAAAUUUCGAUUUUAACAAACGCAUCGUUCUUAACUUUGAACAGGUUGAAAAUUUUAAAACUCAACAAUAACAGAAUUACUAAUUUAAAUGGUGCUGUUGACAAAUUAAAUAAUUUGAAACACUUGUAUUUAAAAGGAAACCAAAUUCAAAACAUCAAUACUAAUACCUUGAAUGUAAUUAACGAUUUGGAGACAUUCGAUAUAUCUUCUAACCAGUUGGAGGAUCUUCAAGCAGUAGUAUUCGUGAGACAUUGGCGACAUUUAAGUACUAAUUCGAUUUGUAAGAUUUUGCUUUCAAAUAAUCAAAUCACUAAAGUGCCUAAUGUUACGACUAUUGAAUUUUACGAUCGAUACAUUAGAUCUUUUAUAGGGCAAAAAAGCAACGUAAUUGAUGUUACUACCGAAUUGGAUUUAUCGAAAAAUGCUAUAUCCGAGAUUGGGUACGAUGCGUUCCGACCUCUCGUUCGCUUAGUGUCCCUUAAUUUAUCAUGUAACAAAAUAAUUGAUUUCAUCGUUAAUCCCAAAUACAUGACUCAUAUUAAAUAUUUAAAUUUGAACAACAAUUAUAUCUUACAUUUAUACAUGGACAGUUUUCGGUAUAUGGCUAACUUAGAAAAUUUAGACCUUUCGCAUAAUUAUUUAGAGAGCAUACCGGUCAAGCCUUUAAAGAGUAACUCUCAUUUGAAAUACUUUAAUUUGACUAAUAAUAAAAUAGAAAUGGUAGAAAGCUUGAGAAUAAAAAUGUUCCAUCCUGAUGGGGGAGUGCUGGAUUUGUCUAACAAUAGUAUAUCAAAGCUUUAUAUUCCUCAUGGAGAAGGACUACGUUUGACUAUAUUGAUAUUACGUUUUAAUAAAAUAAGUAAUCCUUCAUCGAUAUUUUUACGCUAUCAAAACGAUUUAGAGAAAUUAGAUAUGAGUAAUAAUUUUAUUGCGAAAUUAGAGGAGCACUCUCUGUAUCUACCGAUUACACUAAGUUCAUUAGAUCUGAGCAAUAAUUUAAUUGUAUCAAUAAGUGCCGGGUCUUUCAAUAUUAUUGAAAGAUUAAAAACAUUACGUUUGGGUUGCAACAAAUUACAGAAUAUAGAAUACGGCGCAUUUCAAGGGCUUAAGGAUCUAUCAAACUUGGAUUUGUCGUAUAACAAUAUAACUUAUUUAGAUUCUAAGGUGAUGAUUGAUUUGAAAUCUUUGAAAGUACUGUCGUUGAAAUACAAUGGUUUGUACAUGCUUGAUUAUAAAGGGUGGCUGGGGCAUCAAUAUAAAUUAACAGUUUAUUUAGAAGGCAACCGUUUUUCUUGUGACUGGCUUGCUACUGCAUUGAACGAUUAUGAUAAUGGUUAUUCAAUGAUGAAACCUAGGUCAGCAGAGGAAUCGUUGAAUGGGACUUCAAUUGGAGGAGUACCUUGUGUAAAAGGGGAAAUUGAAAAUAUGGCAAGGAUGACAUCGGUGUCGACAGACGAAAGAUUACUCGUAAUAGUACAAAGAAUUCUAAGAGCUGUUGAGGAACAGAAUUCUCUGUAUGAAAAAAUGUUUUUAGGCUUCAAAGCUUAUUCGAUUAUUUCCGGAAGGGCUCGUGAGCAUCUAUUAGUUUGA